ACUUUGAGUGUCACUUUGUAUAUUCACUUAUUUCACAAUUUCCUUCAAUCAUUUUCACUUCCUGGAUUGGAGAGAGACUAUCCUGUUACCGGUAAUAUAAUUGUAGCUUAAUUAGAAUUAAAAUGAGUAUAGGUAUGAAGAAGACAUUGAUACUGGCAGUUGUAUUUGUUUGUUUAUCAUUUGUUAGUGGUCUGGAUGAAGAGGCAGUUAAUGAAAAUGAUAUUAAACAAUACCAAGAUUGUGGAGCAGCCAGAAAACUUGGAGGUUACCAAAAGAGUGGUGUAUACAAAUUAUGGAUGAAUACAACAAAGACCUACUUCAAGAUAAUCUGUGAGCAUACACCAAACAACUCCUUCAAUGUGAUUCAACGCAGGAUUGAUGGUAGAGAAAACUUCAACAGAUUGUGGCAUGAUUACGUAGCUGGUUUUGGUUCUUCUCAGGCAGAUUAUUGGGCUGGUCUUAACUCAAUAUAUUACUUGACAAAUCAUCAAGGUAACAGCAUUCUUACAGUAAACUUACAAGAUUGGGCAGGAAUAAACAAAAAUGCUCGCUACAACUACUUCAAACUGAUGGAUUCUACACACUUCAGGCUAUCCAUCGGUGGCUACAGCGGGGAUACAGGAGACUCAAUGUCACAAAAUAACAACAUGGUGUUCGCCACACCAGACAAAUUAGACACCCACAGAUGUGCCGCAGGCUAUCAGGGAGGAUGGUGGUUCAAUUACUGUACCUACGCAUUUUUGAAUGGAAAGUAUUAUUAUGGCGGACCCUACCAACCAAGUGGACAGUUCUAUGACGGUAUCUACUGGUACAGUUGGGGAGGAUAUGGAUAUUCUAUGAAGUUCGCACAAAUGAUGCUGUCAAGUUCAUAAACUGUGCAAAUGAUUUCUUUUACAAUAUAUUCACAAUUGCAAACAAAUAAACAAAAUCAAAAUUCAACAUGAUAGAAAUUAAACAGCUACCAUUUUGCUCUUUUAAGCCUUUCAUUACAAUGCAAAUUAACAAAUUAACAAUUUACUUCCUUUACUAAGAUGCAUUUUUUUUUUACAGAAUCUCCAAUUGUACAGGUAAUGUUCCUGUAAGAGGUCAGAAUCAUUGUAAAAUAAUCCAAAUGCAGCAUUUUAAGUUUUUAAUUUUUACGUUUAUUCAAUUUGACUUGUCUUUAUUAUGUUUAUCUGUAAUGCUGAUUAACUCAUAUCUUAAGUUUACCAUAUUUCAUGAAAUAUUUACAAGGGAGAUAAUUCAAUAUCUAAAACUGCUAAAAGCAAAUCAUUGAAAAUAAGUCUUCAAACUUGUGUGUGCCAACUAACAUAGUCAUAGGCUUACUGUUCAUGUUGUUAUUCAUGUAACUAAACAUAAAUAACAGUAAUAGAUGCAUUUAGUGAAUUUUUCAUAUUUUGUUUUCUAUCAUUGUCUAGUAGUCGUAUUAUUUUUUUUUCACUUUCAAAAUCAAUAAACUUUUAUACACUUCUA